AUGUCUGGGAAGGACAAGAUCAACGUUUUUCCCUCAAGAGGGGCGCAGUCAAUGAUGAAGACCAGGCUGAAGGGAGCGCAAAAGGGCCACAGCUUGCUGAAGAAGAAGGCUGAUGCGUUGCAGAUGCGGUUCCGUUUGAUCCUGAAGAAGAUCAUUGAAACCAAGGUGCUGAUGGGCGAAGUCAUGAAGGAGGCCUCGUUCUCGCUGGCUGAGGCCAAAUUUGCCACUGGCGAUUUCAACCAAAGCGUUUUGCAAAAUGUGACGAAAGCGCAAAUCAAAGUCCGGUCCCGGAAGGACAACGUCGCUGGCGUGAAUUUACCAGUAUUCGAGAGCUACCAAGAUGGCUCAGAUACUUAUGAGUUGGCUGGAUUGGCGAGAGGAGGCCAGCAGUUGGCAAAGCUGAAGAAGAAUUUUCAGAAGGCCAUCACGUUGUUGGUCGAGCUCGCCUCUCUUCAAACCUCCUUUGUCACCCUUGAUGAAGCGAUCAAAAUCACCAACCGACGUGUGAACGCCAUUGAACAUGUGAUCAUCCCCAAGAUUGAACGCACCUUGGCUUACAUUGUCUCUGAGCUGGACGAGUUGGAGCGAGAAGAGUUCUACCGACUCAAGAAGAUCCAGGACAAGAAGAAGCGGUUGAGGAAGAUCAAAGAAGCUGCCGAAGCUGCCUUGAAAGCCAAGGGCAUCGCCGUGGAAAGUCAGCCAGCCAGCAUCCUGGAAGAAAGCCACGACGAAGACCUUCUGUUCUAA